CCUCAGCUUUGGGACACCUGUGCAAAUGGCAGAGGUGCACGUGCACAUGAACAUGCAAUUUUCGGGGACCACUUUUGGAUUGUGAGUGUUACUUUCAGAACUUCUGGCUAAAAAGUAUACAAAAGUAUCAGAUAAUCUCUUUAAACAUUCGGCAGCCCCCUAGGUGUCUCACUUUCGCAGUGUUUGCAUGGAUUCAAGGGAAAGAAGAGUGACACGGUGCGUUGACGUCACCGUUGUGUUGAUUUGCUAACACGAAAGAAGAGAGGAGUUAGUGCGUGUGAGAGCGGGUACUGUGAACUGCAUUGCUAUGCUGUAGCCCAAUAACCACACAUUCGGAAUCAAAACUUGCAACUUAGAUUGGCCUUAUCUUGUUUACAAAGAUACCGGUAAGUGAACAAACUGCUGAGGAGUGAAAGCAAGCCUCAUGAGUUGGCCUGGCGGAUCUCAGCGACGUUAUGGAUUUGACUAAAAUGGGUAUGAUCCAGCUCCAGAACCCUAACCACCCCACGGCCCUGCUGAAGAAGGCUAACCAGAUGCGUCUGGCAGGAACCCUCUGCGAUGUGGUCAUCAUGGUGGACAGCCAGGAGUUCCAUGCUCAUCGGACCGUGCUGGCUUGCACCAGCAAGAUGUUUGAGAUCCUGUUUCACCGCAACAGCCAGCAUUACACCCUGGACUUUCUUUCACCAAAGACCUUCCAGCAGAUACUGGAGUAUGCCUACACUGCCACACUCCAGGCCAAAGUGGAAGACCUGGAUGACCUACUGUACGCAGCAGAGAUCCUAGAAAUUGAGUACCUGGAGGAGCAAUGCCUCAAGAUCCUGGAGACAAUCCAGUCCUCAGACGACAACGACACGGAGGUCAACAUGAACGAGGAAGGCACGGAGGAAGACGAUGAGCGCAAUUGCAGGCAAGGAGGGAAGAACGCCAAGAAGCAUUCCAUGGAGGGGAGCUACCAUUCAGCCGUCCAGCAAGCCUCAGCCCUGGCCAGUAUGGUGGACCAGAGCCCCUCUGUCUCCACAUCCUUCGGGCUUUCCACCAUGAGCCCAACCAAAGCUGCCGUGGACAGCCUGAUGAGCAUAGGCCAGUCCCUCCUGCAGCAGGGCUUUGGGGGCGAGCACCUGACUCAAGGAAACUCCCACCACCAAUUGAUGACCGAGAUCAAGACUGAGAUGAUGCAAGUGGAUGAAGGCGGAGGCCAUGGGAGCCCCAGAACCAUGGAGUCCAGUGCCUCCAGCAAUGGCAAAAGGAGCGGCGAGUUGGACAAGAACCGCGAUGGCCCCGGGACUCCAACCAGGAGCAGUGUGAUCACGAGCGCCCGCGAGCUGCACUACGUCCGGGAGGAUGGCAUGGGCGACUCCCAAGCAGAUGGCGGCCAAAUGGGUCUGGAAGCCAUGGCGGGUAUGACCGGCAUGACUGAGAAACACCUGGCCUCCUUGUACUCGCUGCCUACCAAUCAUAAAAAUGAGACCAUGCUAUCCAUGCCGGCCUCCAUGGCCUCUUCUCUCCAUCUGUCUCCUGCCCUGGCCAUGUCCAUGGACUUCAGUGCCUAUGGGGGACUUCUGCCCCAGAGCUUCAUCCAGAGGGAGUUCUUCAACAAGUUGGGGGAGCUGGCUGCCGGUAUGAAGCCAGACGGUAGGAACCAGCAUGAACGCUGCAACGUGUGUGGCGCAGAGCUACCAGACAACGAAGCUGUGGAGCAACAUAGGAAGCUGCACAGUGGAAUGAAGACCUAUGGAUGUGAACUUUGUGGGAAACGCUUUCUGGACAGCCUACGCCUUAGGAUGCACUUGCUGUCUCACUCAGCUGGUGAGAAGGCCAUUGUCUGUGACCAGUGUGGGGCCCAGUUCCAGAAGGAGGAUGCUCUGGAGGCUCACAGACAGAUCCACACAGGCUCGGACAUGGCCAUCUUCUGCCUGCUGUGUGGGAAGCGCUUCCAGGCGCAGCCGGCCCUGCAGCAGCACAUGGAGGUCCACGCCGGUGUGCGCAGCUACAUCUGCAGCGAGUGCAACCGCACCUUCCCCAGCCAUACGGCACUCAAACGUCACCUUCGCUCGCACACAGCAGGUGACCAUCCAUAUGAGUGCGAGUUCUGUGGGAGCUGCUUCCGUGACGAGAACACUCUGAAGGGCCACAAGCGCAUCCACACCGGGGAAAAGCCCUAUGAAUGUAACGGCUGUGGGAAGAGGUUCAGCCUCAAGCACCAGCUGGAGACCCACUACCGCGUGCACACAGGUGAGAAGCCGUUUGAGUGCAAGCUGUGCCACCAGCGAUCCAGGGACUACUCGGCCAUGAUAAAACACCUGCGCACCCACAACGGUGCCUCGCCGUACCAAUGCACCAUCUGCCUGGAGUACUGCCCCAGCCUCUCAGCCAUGCAGAAGCACAUGAAGGGCCACAGGCCCGAAGACAUCCCCCCGGACUGGAGGAUAGAGAAGACCUACUUGUACCUCUGCUACGUCUGAUGCCACCAGACAACAGCCGGGGGGAAGGAGAGCGGGCAGAGGAAGUGGGGAAGGGAGCGAGAGAAGGAGGAGUAGGAGGAGAACGAGGCCUGUGGCGAAGAAGUCAAGCGAGGAACUCCACGAGACGGAAGCACAAGCGAUUUUCUAAUGCAAAGAGAGUGAAUGACAGAGGGGCACACUGAGGAAAAGGGCUGGGCAGAGUGCAGUUCUGACCAGAGGACAUUACCCCUUCCAAGUCACAUGUUGUUCAAUACAUCCAUUAACGUUUUGUUUCAAGUUGUUUUCAAAUUGCCUAAAUGCAAAACCUGUGGGUGUACCCUCAUCGAUGGAUCCGCAUCAAUGGAGUUUGUUGUCUUUAAGUCUACCCACAGACUCGAAAGAUGUCACCCAAGCCACACCUGAAACUGAACUGAAAUGGUUCUCAAAGGCUAUGUGAACCCACACAUCCCCAUAAUUUAGACCACUGUGUAUCACUAAAUGUAGUUUUGACACCCUCACCUUUUCUGGUAAAGGAUUGUAUCAUACUGUAACUUGGUGGGUCAAUCCUCUCAUUACCUGAUACUACAGAUCCCUUCCUGAUUUGAUUGGAUUAAACUAGACACCAAGUCAUGUCCUGCUUGAGGAACAUGUCACAGUUGACCCCUACUACCCAUCCCAUUAUUUACCAGAGUGCUCCAAAAUGGUGUCUUCAGACCUGGUGGCACAGAGCACUUAGAGCCCCUACGGUGGUGUCAUUCAGAUAGCCCUCGAGAAUCAGAGCCUAAGGGCUGGCUCAUGUGUCACAUGUCAGCCAGACCUAUGGCAAAAUAGCACCAUGUAUUGUACUGCAUCAACAUAAGCAAAGUUGAAUUGGAUUGGGGCACAACACCUCUGCACCCACGCAGUGGGUUAUCUUUUGUUCAGCAAGGGAGAUUAACAGAGGAUGAUAUUCCCAUAUCGGAAAUCUCCUCUUCCCGGUGAGCUUCCGGGGUUCUGUUGGAUAAGGGCUGAAAACGGCCUAGGCCACUAGUCAGGUUUCUCCGGAGCCUCUCGGGAGUCGAACCAUGACGGUCACUUUUUUAUUCUCCUUAUCUUUGUCUCCGCAUCAGUUUAUCAUAGCUUCAUUGCACAGGUAAAGACAUAUUACGACAGCAGUCUCUGUUUGAUGUUUCUUAUAUCAGAUAUAUUUUUGAGGGGUAGCUCGCUGCGAAGCCGCUGCUCUGUUUUCUCUUCAACCAUACAGCAUUACCUGGAGAUGUCUCAUUUCUUUCCACUAUAGAUGCUGGCUGAUACAAAUGUAAGCAGAUUAUCAUCAAUUACACUAAAUUGCAGUACGUCGUCUGACUCAUAACAUGAACUAUUUUCUCACAUUAAUAAUCUCAUAUUCUCUAUAUGCCAUGGUGAUGGAGACCAAAAUGACAAAGGCUGCUGAGGAUUGAGGUGGGGAGCUAUGACGUGUAGGGGUAGCACCUGUAACACCUCCGAGGGGUGGUUGUAAUGCCUUCAUGAUGCGACUAUAAGGAGAUAUGGCACUUGUUAUAACAGAUUGUAUGUACUGUUAUGAGGAGUAUAACCGUGAAUGUGAUGCCAGGUGGAAAAUAGUUUCAUAAAAUUGUAAUAGUCCUAUAUCAAUAAAAUAUGUUGUCAUAACCUGUUAUAACAAGCAUUAUGUCUGUUCAUAUGGCAGCAUAAUGAAGGCAUUAUGAGCACCACUGUCAGUUCAGUGUUAACGGGAUAAUCACACUCAAUUAUUAGCAGGGGAGGGGGAUGGGGGACUAAACUGAUUGGAGGAGACAUGGCCUGGCCAGCCCAGGGGGCGAACGGUAAGAAGACACAAUAAAUCAACUCUUAAUAUAUGGUUUUGUUUCUUCGCUUUGUCUCUUUCCUAUUAUAUCUUGAUUUAUCUCAGCACAUUGUACUUGAAUUACCUCGUUUUUUGUGACCUCGUGCUUGUUUUAAGUUCCCUUGUGUUUUUUUGUUUAAUUUUGUACAUGUUCUUACUUUUUGUGAGCGUGUGUCCGAAAGCCGCACUAUUGCGCGAGGGAGAUGUGAUAAAGCAAUGUGUACGUGGAAAUGAGUGCCACGGUGAAAAUAGAUUUUUAUUGUUGUGUAUUUUUGUGCAUUAUUGUUACCAAACUUGGUAUUUUUUUAUUAACCCUGCUUGUUGAAGAGCUGGUGGGUUUGGUCAUUCUUAUAAAAGCUACCUCUAAGUUGUUUUGUUUUCAUUUUUGUAAAAGCACGUUAUUUUGUGUGUUUGUGUUUUGCAUCUUUGCAACUUCAUCUCAUGCUUUCAAGUGUUGACUUAUUGUCUUUUCACAUGUGUAAGUGACAUUUAUAUAAAGGGUAAGAUUGAUGGGGAAAUAUAAAACAAGAGUUUAUUCUUAUCUUACAGUCCCCCCCUGACAGUAACCUUAAGAACAGAGAAGAGAUGUUGAAGCCUUAAGUAUGGGGUAAGAGGGAUGUACGCAGUAGAAGAAGUAAUAGUACUUUUAAGAGUAAAAAAAAAAAAACGUUAAACUUGAAAAUAUGUGAAUAGAAUUGUAGUUUUGUAAUGUGAAAAAAAAAGGUUCACCAAUGUUGAAGCACCGAGAACAGGUCAUAUAUGCAGCGGGGCAGUGUGCGUUGGACAGUUGGGACUGCAAGUGUUAAUCAAAGAAAAAAGGAAGGUUAGAAAAAAAGAGAUCCUCUUGGUCGACAAAUUCUCUCGAAAUGAGUGUAUUCCUGAACAAGAGCCAACAGAGGCAGUUUGAUAUAUAAAAAUUGUAAUAUUUUUGUAUUCAGUGUCAGACCCUUUCCAUUUGUCGAGGGUUUCAGCAGGGCAAAUAUUUGUAUAUAUUUUUUUUUAUUACCUAUUUUUUUCUCUGGUUUUGAAUCUUUUGCCUUGCUCCUCUUUGGUAAUGUUAAAUGUGUGAAUAUGUUGUCGUAAGUGUUGCUUUCUGGAUGUCAAUGCAUUGUAGGUGAAGGACUAAAUCUAUCGGCCAUAAACGUGCGUGUGGAAAAAAAGAAAUAGAUCAUUUAAAAUGGAUGGCAGGGAUGCUGCCAUCGAUCAAUUAGUACACGUCAUUCACAAUUUUCAAUCAACUUUUAUUGCCAACAUUUUGUUUUUGUACUUGAAGUGAUAAAAAAAAGAAGCAAUGUCAUGAACGUGGUCGUAUUGGCCCAUGAUUGUCUUGCCAUUGUAUUAUCGAACACUGUGAGCCGAGGGAUUUCCCUCGUCCAAUAUUCAUCCACUAUAAUAACUUCAGUCACCAAAUCAGAGUGCCAGGCCAGAGAGCCUGAAACAAUCUCAUCAAACUUCAAUAACUAGAGGGAUUCAGUCUCCUACCAUUGUUCUCUGAAUGUUUUUUACUUUUUUUGUGUGUGUGCAUAAAUGAAAGUGUAUCUGUGGGUGCGCGUGCGUGUAUUAGUGAAAAAUGCACUAAUUAGAUCAGACACAAAAUAAAAACAAUGCUCUGUGCCACUUUUCUCUCAACAUGUUGAAAAAAGAAUCCAUUGGCGUUGAUAUAGUUCUUCCCUCAAUGUUACUCUGUUUCUGUAAUAUCGUUGUGCCUAAAAUGGAAAUUGUUCAACAAAAAUGUCCAUCUAUAUCUGCUUAGUUUCUGUACUUUCAGAAGAUAAUUAAUGGUGUCUCCAGUACUCUAGGGAUGUCAUGACGAUUUGAGAUGACCUGAUUUCUGAUUUAGAAUAAAAAAAGUAGCUGUUCUGGAGGGCUGCAUUAGCCUAAAAUUGGUAGUGGGUAAACCACCUUUGAUGUUUUUGUUUGUAAUUGACACCCAAAAGCAAUGUAACUUGUUUACGCACAAAAAGCAAGGAAGAAAAAGUGUCCGAAAAAUACAGACUAUGGAGCUUGAGAGUAUAAGACAUAAAGAUGAUAACAUUCACGGGCCAUGAAAAUUGUAUGCAUUUUGCUUUUUCAAUCUGUUCUGAAGGACUGUUACCUGUUCAUUUUGGAAAUAAGUCUAAGUAUGUUUUUUCGUGAAUAAUAUUUUGCUGUCAGCAACAGGUUUACUGAGCAGUUAAUGUCCUUCAACAUCCAUUUUGGCAGCUUGACAAACACAUAGCGUUGACCCAGCUUAACAUUACGACUUGAUUGUUAUAAAGUACUUGUUCUUAAGAUAAGAAAUUAAUUCAAAGACGAGCCUUACAAAAUCAUGGCAUCCCUGGAGUAGGCACUCUGUGUUUCAGUGUGGUGUUCUAGAACGAGUAGCCAUUUCAUGCAGUGUUGCCAUGCAUGUGCCAUUUGAGGUCCAGACUCAACUGUUUGAGUAUCAAAGCACCAAGACAUUGUCUUUUUAUAUUAGCACUGAGGACCAAUUGCCCUGUCGGACCAAGCAUUACAAAGCUUUUCUCUCUCUUUCUCUCUUUCUGGCUUGUCUGUCAUUUUGUUUCAUUCUUCCUUGUUGUGACAGCACAAGUGCCAGUCGAGUUGCUCUGUAUUAAGAAAAUUGUGUUUUUAUUAUUAUUUGAAUUGUUAUCGUUUUCGUCUACCUCAGCACCUGAUCUUAGCCUAAUCUUAGAAGGUGCCCAAUUAUUAUAAUUUAAUUUCUACUUUUUUCUGUAAUUUGAAUAAAAAUGAUUUAAUUUGCAUUAGAACUUUGCAAAGGUCCUUUGUCUUUUCCAGCGAUUAGCUGUGUGUCUGUGGCCCUGCUUCCGAUGUUAGUUGUGCCACGGAUCCCAGCAUCUAUCUGUCUGUUGAUUUUAGUUUUUUUUUCUUUCCGUGUAGGAUCAGACACAUCUCUUUGUAAAAUUUCAGUGUUUCUAUGAUGGAGUGUGAAAAAAAAUAAAAAUAAAUAAGAGAUUUAAAUGCUGCAGGUUUUAUUAUCCAUGUUGUCACUAAGUACAUUUUGUGCCUUCGAUAGUGAAAGAUAAUAUUUUUUACAUCCUACUAACAGUAGAUUGUUUUGUAGUGAACAUUUUUUUGUAUUUUUAUUUAUGAGUCUCAGAAAAAUAACGAUGUUCAGUUGUAUACCUUCAAUCUGCAGUUAGAAAAUCAAUAAAAAAUGGACUCAA